GAACCCAUUCCUUUGCAAGAUCCAUUGCUAACAAAGGUAAGUUUUAUAUGGAAAACUAGGAGAUCUUUGGGUGAUUUUUAUUGGAAAAAAAAGGAAAUAUAUUACUGGAAAAUGGUGUCUAUUUAUGCUCCAUUGAUAUAUGUUGCGGUGCUAAUUGGCGCCAUGUACGGCGUUUCUGUCUUUGUUCGAAAGUCAAGAAGCAUCCCAAAUGAAUUUGUUUCUGAAGAAUGGUUUGGUAAAAACUACGCGAGAAGCUACUUUUUUCAGCUCUUGCAGCAAAAUCCUCCGGUCUCUGAUACCAUCAUAAAAGCUGGACUGGUUUUGCGUGCGACGGAGGCUCUGCGUCAGCUAAUGAGGCUAAAAUCCUCUAGAAUGGCUCUCAACGUGUUACUGAAUCGAGGUGGUGUUGGCGAUGAUCUGGUCCGCAAAUUCAGCCGUUUAGAAAAAGAAACGGAGUUGGAGUUGAUGGAUAUUGCAAGGACUGCAAAUUCUUUACAACCUGGUUGGAAUCAAUUCAUUUUCCAAAGUUGCAGUGAAAUCAUCGAAAACGAAAAAAUUCUUCAGCAAGUCGACGAAAUCCCUAAGGACUUGGAAAAAAUCUCCAAUCGUUGGUCCAGCGAGAAGCAACUUUAUGAAGAUGCUGAAAAUGAACGCCGUUUGGAAGCCCAAAAAGAUUUGGGCGUCCUUUGAGUGUUCUGUCAUACAAAUAGUCUGAAUUCCGUCUACUCUUUUUGUUAGACAAAGUCCGUAUGUAUUAUGGCUUUCCCUUUUCUGUUCCAUCCUCCUCCUUUCUUUCUUUCUUUCUUUCUUUCUUUCGUGAUUUACUUUUAAUUUCGUUUGACUCGUAUUUGUCAAAAUUUUGUCUAGCGAACUUGUUCAUCGCUAUGAACGUAUAUAUCAUGGCAUAUACCACCGACUCAACCUACUUUUUAUGUCCUUCCCUUUUAGCCUUUCAACCUUUUUAUCAGCCUUGUUCAUCCUUUGCAUUCCACACUAUGGUCUAAUAAAAGAAAACUAUAUAGACGAUUGUUUCCUCAAAAUCCUUAAUGAAAGUUAAUUUUUUAUUCCAGUCAAAAUUGCAAAAUUUAUAUUAUUCACACUAGAGAAGAUCAAUUAUCAAAUGAAGAAUGAAAUUAUAUAAUUUUGGUAUGCGAUGAUCAAAAC